AUGUCUACUGGCUCAACCACAAACCCUCACCACAACGCAGUCCCCUCCCAUGAUGCGUCCACAGUCAUUGCCCUCCACACACACAAUUGUGUGAAGCUUACAAACAUCAACUACCCUGCAUGGCGUGUCCAAAUUAACGCCUUACUUGUUGGUUAUGAUCUCAUCGGCUUUGUUAAUGGCACCAAGCCGUGUCUGGCUACGACUGCUGAUACGUACACUACCUGGUGCCGUCAAGAUCAGCUAAUCCUUCACGCAAUAAUAUCUUUUGUGGAUCCAAUCAUGCACCUCAAGGAGCGUCUCUCUCGGUUCUCCAAAGGGUCCAAAACCAUGAUGCAGUAUCUCCAUGAUAUAAAAUCCAUGGCAGAUGAGCUCGCAUUGAUUAAUGCUCCCCUUGAUGACGUUGAUUUGGUCAUCCAUGUAUUGAAUGGACUGGGUUCUGAUUAUAGGGAAAUUGCAGCGGCUGUAAGAGCUCGCGAACACCCCCUUGGCUUCGAGGAGCUCCAUGAUCUCCUCAAUGACUUUGAUUCCUACCUUCAACGUGACGUUCCGUCAUCUGAACCGUCGUCGGUAAUCACGGCACAUCCAACGCAGAAGCAGCGUUCGUUUCCAGGAAAGCAGCGUGGUCAUCCCACGUCAAAUGAUGGCAACUACGGCAACUCCAAACGUCCCGUAUGCCAGUACUGUGAGAAGCCGGGUCAUACGGCUAAAAACUGCUUCAAAAUUAACCCACCAAGACGUGGUGGUCAAGGCUCUGCCCGUCAGGCUCAUAUGGCAUCUCGCUCCGUUCCCUCGGAUUGGAUUGUAGACUCUGGUGCUACACAUCAUAUAACAAAUGAUCUUGGUAGUUUACAACUUACUACCCCAUAUUAUGGUGACGAACAUGUUGUUGUGGGUGACGGCUCCUCCCUUCCUAUAACUCACACUGGACUUGAAGACAAGGGUGCCUCUGCUCAAAGGUCGUCAUAA